AUGAUGACUGCCGGAAUGCCUUGGAUCCCUGUGGCAAGCAUCCAGCCUGCAUCAUUCGUGGAUUUGGACAUGUACUGGUUCACGAUGCCGGCGACAAAAGACCCAAAUGUCAGGAACAGCUGGAUCGACCCAACACAGAAUCCUCGGAGGGGAGCCGGACAGAUCUCAGACUCGUAUUGUCCCACGCUAUCAAUUAUCAAGGCGUCUCUUCUCGAGGAUCCCGCCGCUGUUGAGAAAAGCAGGAAUUUAGUCACUGGGCUGAAGCUGACGGAUGGCCAGACGGUUCGAGCCAAGUACUUCAUCGAAGCCUCGUACGAGGGCGACUUUCUCACCGCUGCAGGCAUCUCCACGGCAAUCGGACGCGAACCAUCAACCCAGUACAAUGAGAGUCUCGCCGGAGUUCGAGCAGAUACACGAUACACACAGUUCGACGUGCCCGUCGACCCGUACCGCAUCCCUGGAGAUCCCUCGAGCGGUCUCAUAGAUGGGAUCUCGUCCGAGCCGUUUGGUGAACCGGGCAGCGGAGAUCAACACCUGGCAGCGUACUCGUACCGUCUGCUACUGGCCGAUGUCGAAGACAAUAAGAUGCCUCUGUAUAAGCCGGAGUGCUAUGACCCGUCACAAUACGAGCUCCAUCGCCGCUAUCUACAGGCGGGCGGAACACUCUACACGCCCCGACUCAAAGGGAUUCCGAAUCGCAAGACUGACCUCAUUGGAUCCAAAGCUGUGCUAGCGACUGAUCUGAUUGGAAUGAAUGAUGACUGGCCGAUGGCAAAUGCCUAUGCCCGACAAAAGAUCCUGGAUGAAACGGCCACUUUCACCAAGGGUUUGAUAUGGUUUCUUGCCAAUGAUGAAACAGUUCCUUCAGAUGUCCGCCACGAAUGGUCUCGAUUCGGAUACUGCCUCGACGAAUUCCGCGACAACAACCACCUCCCGCGCCAGCUGUACAUCCGCGACGCGCGCAGAAUGGUCGCCGACUAUGUGGUCACGCAGCACACAGCCUCGGAACACAACGGCGAAGAGCUCGACCCCUAUCCCGUGGCCAUUGCCUACUGGCCCACAGACACGCACUGCGCGCGGCGCGUAGUCCGGGACGGGGUGGCUCACAAUGAAGGAUUCGUUUUCAAGGACAAGCACCGGUGGCGACCCUUUGGCAUCUCGCGUCGCGAACUCACUCCGCGCAGGGCGGAGGCUACGAAUGUCUUGACGGCUACUUGUCCUAGCUCAUCUCAUGUUGGAUAUGGGGCUGUGCGCAUCAAGCACCAGUUCUAUGAGCUGGGUCAGGCAUGUGGGAAUGCGUGCGAUAUUGCAUUGGCUCAUUUGGAUACCCGGAUGUCUGUACAGGAUGUUCCGUAUGAUAUCCUCCGUGCCAGGCUGCUUGACCAGGGCGCUGUUCUCGAUGUUCAUUCAGUGAGGAAGCCGGAUUUCAGUCUUGUUUAG